AUGAAAGUAUUCUUGCGGUAUUUCCGGCCAGAGGAUGCGGAUUUUGUGAAAAAUAUCUUUCGAACCAUUGCCAACAUACCUUUGGACGCAGUCAUUACAGGUCAAACCCUGGUGUCGGUCCUCACCACACCCAACACAGAACUGAAUCCGAGAUUCAGGCAGGCAACACUUUCAAUCUCGGACAGCCUGUUGCCACCUGAUAGGCAAGGUUGCACUGGCAGGAUUAAUGCUUUUAUGUUUGAAGACGAUAGCCAUGGAAACGCCAACAUCUACCUCUGCGACCCAUAUUUUGGCUGGCCAUCAAUUGAGGACAUCGCAGAUCCACCACAGACCCCGUGGGCGAGAGACAACCAAGGUCGGCCUCUGCCUGGAUAUUCCUGCGACAACCUUGGGGACUACGACUCCGACUGGAUGAAGACCACGGGCUCUACCAUCUUGCACGAGUUUAUCCACUGGUCCUGGUUCUUCGUCUACGUCCCCAACUGGUACAUUUUCAUUAGAGGGGGAACCAUCGACGACUACCGGGGUCCGAAUCCGAAACACGGAUACGGCCCGUACAGAGCCAGGCAGAUCAAAGACAUAUACGGGAGCCUCACCCAACCGUACCCAGAAACCCUCAAUAAUGACGACAACUAUGUCUACUACGCCCUGUCGAAGUACUGGUCCUGGAGAUGUGGCAAGCAGUUCGGGGCUACCCCAAGCUCCAGGGACGCGCGUCGACGAAAGUCAAGCGGCUUCCGGCCACCGUAUUGA